AAACUGUUGAUAAGGGAGAAUAAGUCUAUAUAAUGUUAUUGGGCUUGAAAUGGUCCUCGAAAUCGGUGAAAUGAUCAUGCUUCUUUGUUUUACUGGUUAAGUAACACCCACCAUUUUGAUUCGGGUUUUACUUCGGAAGGAUGGCCAGGACAAAGCAAACUGCAAGGAAGUCGACAGGCGGAAAAGCACCGCGGAAGCAGCUUGCAACUAAAGCUGCCCGUAAGUCUGCACCAUCUACUGGUGGUGUCAAGAAGCCUCAUCGGUACCGACCUGGUACUGUUGCCCUGAGAGAGAUUCGGCGUUAUCAGAAAUCUACAGAACUACUCAUCAGAAAGUUGCCUUUCCAAAGAUUGGUCCGUGAAAUAGCCCAGGAUUUCAAAACUGAUCUACGCUUCCAGAGCGCUGCAGUGGGUGCACUUCAAGAAGCUAGUGAAGCUUACCUUGUUGGUCUUUUUGAAGAUACUAAUUUGUGUGCAAUCCAUGCCAAACGUGUCACCAUAAUGCCAAAGGAUAUCCAGCUGGCUCGACGUAUUCGUGGAGAGAGAGCUUGAAUGUUUACUUAAAUAAAUUUUUAAAUUAGAUUC